UUUUUUUUUUUUGCCUUCUCUUCCUGCAAAAAUCUGUUUGAGGUGUGUGGGUGUCACCUGUGCAUGGAAUGGGAUUGGGAUCUGAGGAUUUAGGACACAGGAACACCACCUGACCAUAGAAUGGAAUCUGAGGAGCUGUGUGAGCAUCACCUGUGCAUGGGAUGGGAUUGGAAUCUGAGGAUGUGGGACACAGGAACAGCCUGGCAGGAGCUGUGUGAGCAUCACCUGGCCAUGGGAGGGGAUUUGAGGAUUUGGGACACAGGAACAGCCUGGCAGGAGCUGUGUGACCAUCACCUGUGCAUGGGAUGGGAUUUGAGGAUUUGGGACACAGGAACAGCCUGGCAGGAGGGCUUUGCCUCGCUCCACAUCUCUGUGCUGAAAAGCAACACCUGCUGAGCUGAAACCCUGUGGCUCCUUCCCCAUUCUCCAAGGCAAACACAGACAGUUCCAUUCCCAUUCCCAAGCAAUCCAUCUCCCAGCAUUUCCCUGGGUUUCUGUGUGCUUUGUUUCAUCCAGGGCCGCAGAGCUUGGACGCCUUUUCCACCUCAUAUUGAGCUUUGGAUGCUGCCUCCUUUCCUCUCCUGCCUCCAUAAAGAAUAACAGUGGCCCUUGCUGUGUUUUCCCUGGAUCUUGGGCUGCUGGAAGCCAAAGGGAAGCUGAGGAGGAGGAGGAGGAGGAGGGCAGGAGGAUCCUUUUCCCCAGGCUCUUUGGCCUCUUCAAGCCUUCAUGCACAGCCAGGUCUGAGCUCUCCAGGGUUUUUGGGGAUGCUGCUCCAAGCAGGUGCUGAGGCUGAGCAAGGGCUGGUGAUGCCUUCCCUGGAGCAGGAAGGGUUCUGUGGCUCUGUGAGGACAGAUGUGUGGGAGAGCAGACAUCCCUCUGCAGGGGACACAGGCUACCAACGGCUCGAGGAGGAGAGGGAGAAAUAUCCGACAUUUCCUGACACGGGCUGCCCUCGGGAGCUCCUCAGGAAGGUUUUUAAAGGAAUAUUUAUGGAUGAUCCUGGUGAAUCAGGCCCUAAAAGUUUUUCCAUGAAUUUCUGUGCUGGAGAACUCCAGUAGCCCAGGAUCACUCGAAGCAGAGCUGAGAGCCUGGACAGCAUGGCUGGGUUUGUUCCUGCCUCGGCAGCAGCAGGAACAUCCCAGCUCCAAGGCUGGAGGAUGGGUGAGGAAAGGGUCAGGACACAUCCCCUGACUGCGAGCUGAAGAAAAAUGUUGGCAGAGCAAAGCUUGCCACAGGAAGAAAAGGUUGUCCUGGCUGUUCAUAUUCCUCCACAUGGGGGUUCCUUGAGCUCUGGAUGGAAGCUCCAGUGGGUUUUGAGGUGCUGAGUGCACUGAGGAUGAAACAUCUGCCUCCAGUGUAAUUUACCCGGCAGAGAAGAAGAAUUUGGGUCUCAGAGGAGUCUUUUUCUUCCCUUGUUCAAGAAAACACCUUCAAAGUACAAAUGGACAGCCAGUGUUACCCUGGUGGCUGCCAGGUGGUUCCAAUUUGGAAGCUGGUGGCCGUGUGGCCAUCAGAAAAGGAGGCAGAGGAGGACAACGUAAUCCUGAUCAGUGAUGAUGAUGAAGAUGAAGGGGACAGCACCCAAGGCAGUUCAGUCCUGUUUGUGGAGCCACAGGAGAAGUCUCCCCUGGAAGAGGAGAAAUCAGAGGAGCUGGUGGAUGAGGAGGGGGAUUUGGUGGUCACCUACUGCAAACAGGCCAACGUGAUGCCCCACGCCAGGCACGACUGCAGCACGCAGCCCUUUGAGAGGACUGAGAGUGACACUUGCUUCCCCCUUGGGAAAAACGGAGAUAUUUGUGAGCAGUGCUACUGCUACAUCUGUGACAAACCGGCUGCUGAGUGCCAGCUCUGGACAGUCCCUUCCCUGUGCCACUGCAAUGCCCACAACAAGAGCGACUUCUGGAAGGCCCAGAGGAACUUUGCCCUGGCUGGAAUCCUGGCCACCUUCAACCUGGAGCUGCUGGAGCUGGACACGGAGCUGCGCCGUGGGGGAGAUCUGCUAGAAAAAUUCAUCAGGGAUCUUUCUGUAGCCUAUAACAAAUACCUGACAGGAGAAAGGAUCUGUGCCCCAGGGUAUGAAUGCUGCUGCCAGCCAAAGCUGCCCCCGGGGCAGUGCAGGCUCUGCAGCUCACGGAACAUGGAGGUGGUGUACAAGUAUUCUGAUGUUUUCGAGCUGGUAACAAGAUUUUUAAAUCAGGCAGACCAAGAAAGGCCCAAAGCUGCUGCUGUCAUGCUGCUGGGAGCAGCUAAACAGAUUGCCCUGCACAAAGACCCUGCUCUGCUUAGGAGCUGUCAGAACCUUAGCCACACUGCUUCCCUGAGGAUUGCUGUCCCAUUUCUGUUCCAGAGGAUCAUAACCCGACUUCAGAGGAUGCUGGUGUUGUGUGACUUCCCAAAAAUUCUGUUCAACAAGUUUGUUGAGUUUUUCCAGUCCAUCUCCCUUCCCUGCCACUGCUAUGCCUUCUCAAACAGCUUGAAUGUUUUGCCCUGGGACCACAUGCUGCUGACCACAGUUUUAAAAGGCCAGAACAUCACUGGGCAGAGGAGACAGAAAGGAAGGAAAACUCACCUGUGGGAGGCUCUCCCUGUUGUGGAGGCUCGAGUGGAGAAGCUGCUGGAGAAAAAGAAGUACAAGGAAGUUGUUCGCUACCUGAGAGCUGUGAAAUGCAAUGAAAACCAAAGGCUCUCCCCUGAGGAACACUGUGCUAAUUAAGCAGGCACUCAAACUGCUCUACAGCAGCGAGGCACUCUACAGGAAUGCCAAAUGUUGGAGUUCCUUCAUCAUGAUUUUGGGGAGCAGUGAUUUGUUGGAAAAGAGGGGGCACCUGCUCCCCUUA